AUGAUUUAUAUUAACUGGUAUCAAAAGAAUAUGCCACUAAUUUUUGGCAUUUCGAGUUAUAUUGUUAACCCAUUGUUCAUCUACUUGGUCCUCACCAAGUCCAGUAAGCAAAUGGGUAAAUAUCGCUUUCUACUGAUUGGCUUUGCGGUUUUUGACGUCUUUUAUUCAAUCGCGGAAAUGUUAACGCCUAUUGCUGUGAUUAACACAGGUUAUGGUUUUGUGACAUUCAUCACUGAUGGCCCAUUUUCCGAAAAUGCUAACUAUGCUGUUUCAUCGCGAUGCACGUUCAUCUCAAUGAGCUAUGCACUUCUCAUCAUCCAUUUUGUCUAUCGAUAUCUCAUUUUGUUUUACCCUCACCAAGUGGAUAAGAUGCUUCAACCAUUCGGAAUUCUUGCUAUGAUUGUUCUUACUGCUGGUCACGGAGCAUCGUGGACAUGGCUCUGUGAGGGCUGCUUGUCACCAAAUGAAGAGAUAAGAGACAUGAUACGGCCUGCAUUCUUAGAAAUUCACCACGUCAACUCGGAUAAUAUUUCUCUGUUGACAGGGCAGUAUAGAAACGCUAGUGACUUUGUUGUCUACAAAAGUUUGUUUGGUAUCAUGUCACUUACAUUAUUUUCGAGCUACUGUAUGUGUGUUUAUAUUAUUCUUGGCUAUAAAAUAAUGAAGAAAAUGAAUGAAAACACAAAUAUGAGCUCGAUUAGCGCAACACUGAAUCGGCAACUCUUUAAAGCGCUGGUUGCUCAGACGUGCAUCCCAAUGUUCGCCAGCUUCCUACCAACUGUCAUCGCCUGGUACGCACCGAUGUUUUUGAUCAAUGUUACUUGGUGGAACAACUACAUCUGUAAUGUUGCAUUGGCUGCCUUUCCGUUGAUUGACCCCGCUGUGGUGAUCUACUUCAUUCCAAAUUACAAAAAUACUCUUCUUGUAUGGUUCCGAUUGAAAAAGCCCACAGUAACUGCAGCAUUAACUUCGAUGUUUUCUAUACCAACGAUGUAG